UACACUAUGGAAUCAGUAGCCUACUAUCAAAGUAGCACAGCCUUUAAGGGCCAUUUCCUCUGAAUGUAAGAAGUUCCAUAUUCUUCAUAAAUUUCAAGUGCACAAAAAAAAAACUCAAACCAGAGACGGGAGAACAAAACUGUUGAUGUGUGAGUCAAUAAACUACAGAACAAUCGAAUGAGUUGCUUACUCAGACUUUGAGAACCACAUUUGCUGGAAUGAACCUUAGCAAUGCCAAUUUACUCCUCCAAUCCUAUGCUUCGCAAUUUUGUUUUUAAGUGGUUCAAUUUGUCUGCAUUUACUAUUAUCGGCUUCUGAAGUGACAUAUAAGGAAAAAGGGCCUCAAAUCUAAAAAUGUGAAAAUUGAGGUACCUGAGAAACUAAAAACAAAAAAAUGUAGAUAAUAAAAAGUUAACGCCGUUGCCGGGGAUCGAACCCGGGUCACCCGCGUGACAGGCGGGAAUACUUACCACUAUACUACAACGACUUUGAUGUUCGUUUCAGUUAUUCACAUAUAAUGACCAUAUCUAUUAAAAGUACUUGUUCUCAUCACAAACCAUCAUAUUAUAUGAAUGAAGUCCAAAAUACAAACAUGAAGAAAUCAAAGUGUUGCAACCAAAUUAAACACACAUCCUGUGUGCAAUAACAAUAUCGGUCCACAGUCUCACACACACACACACACGAAACCAAUUGAUUUGGACCUUAAAUACUCAGACCACCACUCUCUUAAACAAAGAAGAAAGAAACUUGUUCUCCAAGCAAAAUGGCUUCUUCUAUUCUCUUUAUCACUCUCCUAAUCUCCUUGUCUUCUAUCUCUCUACAACUGGUUUUCGCUCAAGUCCCAGGCACCACCACAGCUACAUGUUCCUCAAUGCUUCUUUCUUUGGCUCCAUGUGGUCCAUUCGUGCAAGGCUUUGUCCAGCUUCCGGCUCAGCCUUGUUGUGACGGCUUAAACCAGAUAUAUAGCCAACAACCAACCUGUCUCUGUCUCUUCCUCAACAAUACUUCUACUUUGUCCCCUGCUUUUCCAAUCAACCAAACUCUUGCUCUACAGCUGCCACCGCUUUGCAACGUUCCAGCCAAUGCGUCCUCUUGCUCUUCACCUGGAGGAGAGGCGCCUAGUGAUUCUUCCUCGGUUGCUCCUCCACCUUCUAGCUCAACCAGUUCUCCAGUAUCUCCAAGUGCAAAGAACAACUCUAGUGUCGCGGGGACCCCAGUGGCUCAACUUGCACCAAGACCCACCAGCUUAAUGGGGCUAGGUUAUGAUCUGAGAUCCUCUGGCUCCAAGUCCAAGAUUCAGCUAAUCAUCCUCGCACUCGCAGUGAUCCUACCUGGAACUCUCUUCAUCUGAAUCUGUCUGCAUAUUAGCUACAUUCACCUGUUUUGGGGUUUCUCUAUUAAUCAAGAUCAUCUUUCUUCUGUAUGUUACUUAACGUUUGCAGUUAUUGAAAUGAAAUCAGAAAACAGAAGACUGAAUAACAACACUCUUGUUAA